AUGGGAAGCGCCCUAGGAGCUAGCCUCUGGUCCUUGUGCGCACGGCCGAAGAACAGUCACGGGAGCGAUGAUUUCCUACAGCGUGAGAGGUUCUCAGCUGCUUCCGAUGAAAGAAUCAUGUUGAUGCUGGUUGCGGUCCUAGGAGUUUGGAUGGGUGGCCCAAGUCAACAAAGCUUCUCGACCCAAGCGGGGCCGGGGUUUUUUCAAGGGCCAGAAAAGCAGCAAGCGGGCCGGUUUCGGCUUCAGGGAUGCCGACCAGCAGGUGCGCAACGGACCCGAAACGGAAGCCGCGACCCGCAGGCGCAGGUGGUCCCGACUCCCGAGGUUGGUCCCCACUGCUACCAAGUGGCGCCGCCAGUCGGCCCGAAGGAGAAGUAG